UAAAACAGACUGGCUUUAUUUUUGGAAGAAGUCCAAACUUCAAAAACCCAUGAAAAUUUCCCCCAAAAAUAACAGAAGAGAAAGAGAUUGAGGAAGAUAUCAAAUUAUGAGCUAUCAACCAGUUCCCCCCAACACCUACCCUCCUCCAGGUUAUGGCACACAAUAUCCAGCACCUUCUGCACCACCACCACCAGGGUACCCUGGGUAUGAAGGGUACCCUCCACCACAAGGAUAUGGAGGUGGAGGAUAUGGUCAACAACAUCAUAGACCAGGUGGGUAUCAGGGUUACUUCAAUGAUGGGUACCCUCCACCACCUCCUCCUCCUCCUCCUCCUCAACCUUACCCACAUACCCAGGUCUAUCAUUGUGAACAUUACCAUCGUCAAGAAGAUGGGUGUUUCUCCUUUUUGAAAGGAUGUUUGGCUGCCCUCUGUUGCUGCUGUGUACUGGAAGAAUGCUGCUUCUGAGUUGUCUUUGUCUGCUGGGUUCUUGCCGACUUUUGUAGCUUGAACGUCGUAUCUGAUUACGGGCAACUUCACCUAUAAAUCUUGAUGGUUUGUCUCUGUCACCACAUCCGCUGUCUAAAAUUUGUGAACAAAGCCAUUAAGUACAGGGAUCUGUAUAUGUUGAUUGUUGUGUUGUAUAGGCUGUGCCUUAAGCUUGUUGGGUUAUCUCAAAAUCUAUGUGUAACUUCUUGAAAAAUGCUCCAAUGAUUUGUGCUUGAAUGAUAUUUAUGAAUAUAUGCCAAUAUAUUAUUACCUUUCUGGACAAAAAAUUUGUUAAAUAGUUUCAUUCAAAAACAUCACCAUUGUUAAAUUUUGCUUGAUACUGCUAUUUUCAUUCAAAAAUCCUUUGU